AUGAGUUCAAGAGUGUUAAAGAAAUUACAAAAUGACGAUGCACUAUUAGAUUCAAUUCUAUCUAGUCAUGAAGCUAAAGAGAAUCAUAUUUCAAAAGAGAAUGUAAAUAAAAAUUCAUUAAAUAAGAAACCGAACUUCAAUAAUUUCAUGUCCUUGAUGGAUGAUGAAGAAAAUGAAGAUAACGCUGAUGAGUCAGGAAAUGAUGAAGAUGAGGAGGGAUUGAUUAAAGAUAAAGAAAUUAAUAACAUUAAUUCAACUGAAGAUGAGUUAACACCAGUUAAAAAGUUUUCUUUACCUACUAAAUCACAAAAGAAGAAUUUGAAGAAAAAAAAGAAAGCAAAGAAAUUAAAGAAAAAUAUUAACCAGGAUAAAGAUGAAGAAGAUGAAGAAAAAAUUAACGAAGAAGAUUCUGAUUUUGAUGAUAUGUUGAGACAAUUUCAAAAACAAGAUAUAUUAAAAUAUGGAAAUAUUUCAAAUCCAAUUAAUAGACAAGAUUCUGAUGGAGAUGAAUUUUUCUCUAUGUCUGAAACUGAAGAUCCAGACCAUGAUGAAGAUUCACUAUUUAAUGAUCUGUAUGAUGAUCCCGGCUUUUCUAAAUUUAAACCUCAGAAUAUUAAAAGAUGCAGUAAAUUCUUUAACGAUGAUUUCAAACUAUUAGAUCCACAUACUGAAUUCAAAUUAUUAUUUGAUGAUUUAUCACCCGAAGCAUUAGAAGAUAUCGAUUCACUAUCAUCUACUUCCAUUUCGCCACAACAAUUAAAACAAAUCCAACGUCUACGAAGAUUAGUAAGAAAUUGGGAUGGUAAAGAUCAUAGAAAUGUUCCGAAUGGUCCAGGUGGUAGUACCCAUAAAUUACAAUUUACUAAAAUUAGACAAGAUUGGCUUCCUACUCAAAGAGGAGAAGUAUGCAUGUCUGCAUUAUCAGACAAUGAAAUUAGAGAUUGGCAAUUAUGGCAAAGACCAUCUGAUUGGAAAGAAGUUAUUGAAGAAGAUAUGAAAAUAUGGAAAAAAUAUGUUACUUACUAUAAAUUCACUCCUUUAAACGAGGAAUUGAAUAAGAAAUCUAUGACAGAGUUUUAUUUAUCUGUUGUAUUACAUCCUGAUCACGAAGCCCUUACAAAUUUAAUCUUUUCACAGUUUCCUUAUUAUGUUCCAGGCCUUUUACAAGUUAGUUUAAUACUUAUUAGACAAGGUGAUAAAUCAAAUACAAACGGCCUUUUACAAAGAGCUUUAUUUGUAUUUGAUCGUGCAUUAAAGAUGAGUAUUAAAUUUGAUGGGCUAGCUUGUCAAUUACCAUACACAUAUUUCUUUAAUAGACAAUUUUAUUUGGCCAUUUUCAGAUAUAUUUCUUCUUUAGCUCAACGAGGUGCUGUAGGAACUGCAGCUGCAUGGUGUAAGGCAUUAUGGUCAUUUAGUCCAUUGGAAGAUCCUUUAGGUGUCCGUUAUUUUAUUGAUCAUUACUUACUUUUGAAUAAAGAAUAUAAUUAUUUAAUCGAAUUAUCCAAAUCUCCAUUAGUUGAUACAUACUCUCAAUGGUUUACAUUAGGAUUAUCAUUGAGUACUGUUUUAAGUUUUUUGAGUAUCGAUGAACCGGAAUUGGCAAAAAAUGCAUUAAGAAAAGCUUUUAAAUAUAACAGCGUGGCAUUAGCUUAUUUAUUUGUUGAGACUCUAGCAGGUGAGAGAUCACUAAUUAAAGGGUUAAACAUCGAUGAAGACCUAGCAUCCAAGAUCGAAACUAAGGCUUAUAUGACAAGAUUUCCACAACUAUGGACUUCUCCAAAUGAUAUUGCAUUCUUAAAUGCUGAAUUGAAAAAAUUACUAAGAGAAUAUCAAGAUAAUAAAUUUCAAAUUUCAAUUGUUCAACAUAACUAUAAUUCUGAUGAAGAUAGUAUUGACUCACAUUUUUUCAUUAAAGAUAUCCCAAUCAAUUUAUUAAGAUUUGCUAUUUUAUCUGGUGAAUCUUCAAUAAUGGGAUCUAUUCCAGAGGAAAUUUGGUCUGAUUACAAAGUCUUCGAAUUUGAUGUAUUACCUCCAUGCCAAACUACAAGAGAAUCUAAAGAUGCUUUAGAAUCAAUUGAAACAUAUAUUGAUGAGAAGCAUCUUGUUGAAUCUCAAAUGGCUAGAGCUCAAGAUGAAAAUCUUUUGAAUCAAAUUAGACAAUUGUCACUGGAACAAUUUCUCGAUGAAAAUCCAAAUGCGGGUUUGGAAUAA